CAAUCUCAUGAGUGUAAAAAUAGAAAAUAGCAAUUUACUCCAUAAAAAUUAAAUAAUUCCAAGAGAGGAAUAUAUUUGAAAAAGGCAGUAGUUUACAAAAAGUUGUGUCAUUCUUGCUCGCUAGAUUUUUACUUACUUUCAACGUAAUCCUCCAGAAGAAAAAUGAUUCGUCGCAGUCCAACAAGAAUUGAAUUUCGAGUUGAGGAUUUAGCGGAAUAUGAUCAAUUGAAAAAAGAACGCGAUGGUAAAAAGGAAAAUGAUCGUCCUAUGUUUAAUCCAUCAUCAUGGGGUGGAAAAAUAUCUCAAAAUGAACUUCACGAAAGAAUUGGAUUUGUCUCACAAUCAGUACCCGCAAUUGUCGAGCGGCACAAUAUUUAAAAAAAUGAUUAUAAUUUAAAAAAAAAUUUUUAAUGUUUAAAUUAUAUAAUUAAGAUUCUUUUUUAAAUACCUAACAAUAAUGGCUAACUAUGUAAAUGAUUAUUAUACAAAUAAGUGAUUAAACAACUGUUUUUCAGUA